AUGAGUUCUAACGUCAGAGAAAUCUCGCCUGACCGAAACCAACACCACGACGAUAGUACCAUUGGUACUGACGCACAUACUCUUGGUACUAUGAAGACGAUUUCGAAGCCGGUUGCCAACAAUACCAACGACAGCGCCGUGCACUACCUCGAGCCAGGACAACUUAACGAGAUCCCUAAAGCUCUCAAUGUCUUUCACUUGGUUGGUGCUCUGCUUCAGACUGCAGAGGCAAUCUUCUUGUUUGCGUACUCCAACAAUGUGAACCUCAAAUGGCUCCUUUACACCAACUAUCCUGUUGCCGUCGACAACGCCUUGGCCUCUGCCAUUGGUGGUGAAGGAACUGACAAUGUGUACUUUGCUCGACCCGACAGCAGGUACCUCACCAGCUUCUCAGUACCGUGGGUCACGGGUGCAAUCAUCGGACUGAGUGCCAUUGACCAUAUCUUUGCCAUUAUUCCUGGCGGUCGUGCACGCUAUGAGCAUGAUUUGGCUCGCAGCAAGGCAUCAUACCGUUGGUUGGAGUACUCUGUGUCGUGUUCCUUGAUGAACAUGCACAUCUCUCAACUUGUCGGUGUCACCGACGUCCACAUGGUCAUCUUGAUCUUUGUCUUAUCCAUUUCCAUUCAGUACCCAGCAUACAUUCACGAGGUGGUCAAUGCCAAGGCGCGAGCUGACGGUUUUGCCCAAUACUGGUCGCCAUUCGUCUUCGGAUGCAUUCCUUGGAUUGCUGUCUGGGGUGUCAUCUUUUCCUACUACUCAGAAUCGAUUGCUGCCGGUGAGGAUCCGCCAUCUUUCGUUCUUCCCACAGUUGUUGCCGUGUUCGUUUUGGAAAGUCUCUUUCCCAUUCUUUUUGUUCUCCAGUGGCUCAAGAUUGGAAUCUUUGAGGAUUAUAUCAUUGGCGAGUACGGCUACAUGAUCCUUGGACUGAUCGCAAAGUCGUCACUAGCGUGGAUCACUUUGAUCGGAGCCGAGAAGUAUGCCGAGAGUUUCCAGUAUGAAGAAACUACCACUGAUUUCUUCAAUUGA